GAGAAGGUCGCCAUCCUCCUCUUAAACCUCGGCGGCCCCCAGACGACGGCGGACGUCGAGCCCUUCCUCUACAACCUCUUCGCGGACCCCGACAUCAUCCGGCUCCCCUCGGCCAUCGGCGGCCUGCAGACGGCUCUCGCCUGGCUCAUCGCGACGCGGCGCGCGCCGAAGAGCCGCGCCGCCUACGAAUCGAUCGGCGGCGGGAGCCCCAUCACCAUGUACACGAUGGAGCAGGGGCGGCUCCUGGAGGAGGCUUUGAACAGCGGCGGCUCGGGCGUCGAGUACAAGUCCUACGUCGCCAUGCGCUACUGGCACCCGUUCACCGACGAGGCCCUGGACAAGGCCGUCGCCGACGGGUGCACGUCGGCCGUCGUGCUGCCGCUCUACCCCCACUUCAGCAUCUCGACGACGGGGUCGAGCCUGCGGGCCCUCCUCUCGGAGAUGCAGGCGAGCCACCCGCAGCUCAUGGCGAGCCACACCGUCGUCCCCUCGUGGCACGACUCGCGCGGCUACGUGAACUUGGUCGCGCGGUUGGUCGCGGAGGAGCUCGACGGCCUCAUGCGCGACGUGGGCCCGCUCAACCCCGGCGAGCCGCCGCCGACGGUGCUCUUCUCGGCCCACGGCGUGCCCGUGUCCUACAUCGAGGAGGCGGGCGACCCCUACAAGGGCCACAUCGAGAAGACCGUGCGGCUCGUGAGCGAGCAGGCCCGGAAGCUCCACCCGCACCCGGCGUCCUACGAGCUCUGCUUCCAGAGCCGCGUGGGGCCCGUCAAGUGGCUCGAGCCCUACACGGACGCGGCGCUCGAGGCCAUCGGCGGCCGCGGGUGCGAGCGCAUCGUCGUCGUGCCCAUCUCCUUCGUCUCCGAGCACAUCGAAACCCUCGAAGAGAUCGACAUCGAGUACCGCGAGGUCGCCGAGGACGCGGGCAUCAAGCACUGGCGCCGCGCGCCCGCGCUGAACUUGGACGGCGAGUUCAUCGACGAACUCGCGCACCAGGUCACGUCCGCGGUGAACAAGCCCGUCGUGUCGUCGGUGGAGGCC